UUAUUGCUUCCCACGCCAUCUUCGCCCCCCACCGACGCCCACAACCACCCUAAACAAGAGAGAGAGAGAGAGAUCAUUGCGAUCACGUUGGUACUGUGUCAUGGCGUCCAAGCUCAUCCUCGUCCUCGUCUUCCUCUUCGACGUCAUUGCCUUCGGCCUCGCGGUAGCCGCCGAGCAGCGCCGCAGCACGGGUAAGGUAGUGGCGGACUCGGAGGACACCUACAACUACUGCGUGUACGAUUCCGACAUCGCCACCGGCUACGGCGUUGGCGCCCUCCUCUUCCUCCUCCUCGGCCAGGCCAUCCUCAUGGUCGUCAGCAAGUGCUUUUGCUUCGGCCGCUCCCUCGGCCCCGGCGGUCCCCGCGCCUGCGCCCUCCUCCUCUUCCUCCUCUCCUGGCUGACAUUUAUCAUAGCGGAGGCGUGCCUACUGGCGGGAUCGGUGCGGAACGCGCACCACACUCGCUACCGGAACAUGUUCUUCGACAGCAACCUAUCGUGCGAGACGGUGCGCAAGGGCGUGUUCGGGGCCGGCGCCGCCUUCGUCUUCUUCACCGCCAUCCUCUCCGAGCUGUACUACGUGUUCUACGCCAAGGCGGCCCGCGACUCCGGCACGGCGCCCCUUGGCGCCUCCGUCGGCAUGAGCUCCUACCACUAGAUCUCGCUCCCUGUUAGCGCAGGCGAGACUCGGAUUGGCUGCAUCGGUCUUUGUCGAUUGUCGGUGGGGACAGUACCACAUUGUGGAUUCUUGUUUGCACGUAGUUUGAUGAUUCAGGCCCAAUUAUAUGAUCAAAUUCAAAUGGGAUCACAGUGUCUCCGUCGUCUCUA